GAAUACAAGACCUCCAAGACCUGAUACAACUGCGGGUGUCAGGAGAUGGCCAUCAAGCGGCUUGGGGGGCUGAAGGAGGGGCAGCGGCCCUGGUCGGUCAAAGUCUGCAACGACUGCUUGACGACCUGGAACCGCGACGUCUUUGCCGCCAACGUGAUCCGUGUGCUCCUCCUGCUGAAGCUGAUGGGCUUCGAGCGGCCGACCAAGCUGCAGCGGCCGCCAUGGCCGGCGGCGGCGGCGGGGCCGGGCUGAGAGCCUGAACGGCGCUAGCAGGGCGUGGGGCUGAGGGUGCACGUGUCGAUUGGCGGCGAGUGACGUGACUAGUUUGUUAGCUGCGGGUUAGCACGGACUGUGCACCCCACCCAACCGGCCACGUCCGGAUUUGCGGGGAUGCCAAAGGCCCCCAACAUAGAGGCGUGUGCUUAGUAGGCGCCCGCGUCAAGGUGGCUGGGUUGAUAACGACCCGGGAGGGGAGGGCUCAGCCCUUUUCCUGCCUCCCUAAGGCAGCCACCUCCUUGUUUACGUACCUGGCAGGGCGGCCAUUCAGGGAGACUAGCGGAUGGCAACUUUAAGAUUUCUGCAACUUUAGGCCGGGCGCAGGGGAACUCCGCCGUGUCGUACUGUGCCGUGAAGAAACGCAGUGGUGUCGUGCAGAGCAUGGUUUGUGACGGAAGCGGCUAUCAGUGCGUUAAAAAAACUUGCCGGUCCCGUUGCUAACGUCCCCAGCCCGGCCGAAAGUUUUGCGGGGGUAAAGGAUGUGGUGGUCGCGGAUUCUGCAGUCUAACGAAGCCCUUUCUCGGAAACU